CUGUUCUCUUUCUUCCCACGUUCGUUCAAUGCACUGAAGCGCGUGCCCAGCGAGCUUCGAAUUUAAACGCGUUUAGUGAACGUAUCGCAUGUUUGUGAGUUGUGAAUCGCGCACUUAAAUUCUAAAGGAUUCCACCUUUUUCAAAACGAAAACAUAGAAAGUUCUCGUCCAGCGUAAAUAGAUUUUCACUUUGUAUUUCAUCGCGUGCUAAAAGUUCUGUUAGCGCCAUUUUGCUGCGUUUCCUUUAACGCGCCGUUCUUUCAUUCACACGUUCUUGCGUUGUUACUUUGAAUUGAAGAAAUGGAAAAGUCGGAGGAAAAGACAUGCGUCGUCUGUGGCACUCCGACCAGAUUGAUGUGCCAGCGGUGUGGAGAACCGUACUGCAAUGAAAAGUGCCAGAAAUUGGAUUGGCAGAGGCACAGGCAGGUGUGCAUCAUUAUGCCACCCUUGGUGGAGUGCCGGCCUCUUCAACCGGCGUUGAAUCCAAUCCAGAGCGUAGAGAACCAAGUUGCUCUGGCUAAAACUCGCACUAAAUCGCCAAUCCCAUGUGUGGAGCCCACAGUUGCUGUGCCGAACAAGCCGGAUCUAUCGGAAAACUGGCGCAAACAUUUGCUGCCGUCGGGCAUGGAGUUUUUCAAGUGCCGCGUGACUUUCAUGGAGAACGAUGGACCCAUUUGGGUGGUGCACGUGGCGAAUGUGGAGGCCAUUGAGCGAAUGACGGUCAACAUGCAGCGCUGCAUGCAGAAUAAGAAGAUGAUUCGUAUGGAAGGAGUGCGGGAGGACACCCUCGUGGCCAUCAGUGUGGGCGACAAGGUCCAUCGCGGUCAUGUUUUGACGGUUUGCCAAAAGAAGCAAGAAGCCAAUGUCCGUAUGAUUGACCACGGUCAGAUAGUAGCUACACCGUUUCGGGAUAUCUACACCAUUGUGCCCAAGAUGGCCGAAAGCAAGGCGUUCGCUUUCCGUGUUCAAUUGCCCACGAACACUGGAGUUCAGGACAUUAAGAACUUGACGCUCCGUAUGUUGGGAACCAAAACCAGCGACGGAGCUUAUCACGUCCAUCUAAAGCCCAAGAUGAUAAUACCACUAAGUUUGCCCUUGGAGAUGCUGCAGCUUAAUCCAGAAGUCAAAGUCAUCCGGGUCUUUAAGGCAAAUCCAAAGCAUAACGAACCGCAGCUGGCCCUACUCCAGAUCAACGUGAUGGGCCAUGUCAACGCAGACUUAAACAACCGCAUAGCCGAGAAGCCAAGACAGCCAUUCACGCUGCCCUUCCCCGAGCAGAAAUCCAUCUUCUUUGCGGCCACCCGCACUAAAAAUGGUUAUCGGCGAGCUUUCCUAUUGGAUCAUAUCAUGAAACCGAGGCCAACCUAUUUGGUUUACGAAAUGGACGAGGGUAGAGUGUCCAUAGCCACCGAUCUGAGUCGUAUUCCCAGCGAACUACUUGGCCUGCCCAGUCGAGUGUUUGCCGCUCAGCUGGAGGACUCCGUACCCGAGGAGCUUGAGACUCAAGGUGCAGAACUCACGGUCAAGUUUAAGCUGGAUAAUAAGCCGCCCAAGGAAAAGUUACGCGCGGCGAAUGCCGCCUUGAAUUCCAAGGGCGAGCAGAUAUGUAUGGCCCGUCUGAUCACUUUCUUGGGUCAGAUUUCAUAUUUAGGCCACAAGUACUGGCGUGAACCCAUCGUCCAUGAUUCCAUCGUAUUCAUUUCCCACUUGGUCAGCUUUAAGGAGGUAUACAUCAGCACUCCAGACGCCAAGCAGUAUGCGGAAAUUUUCAAGCGCCUGGAGUACAAGUGCGCUACCAUUACCAAAUCUAGUGAUGUUUCCGUUGGCAGCAUCGUGCUCGUUGUCUCCAAGCAGAUGGGUCACUUCCGGGGCGAGAUAUUGAGUAAGGAUAGUGGAUUGUUCGAAGUAAUGAACGUUGAUACUGGUGCCACCCAAAAGGUGGAGUUGGCGGAAAUACGCAGCUCCUGUCGCUUCCUGGAGAAUUUGCCCGUAUGUCUGAUGCGUGUACAGUUGCAGAAUGUCUGCAAUAUUCCGGAUGCAGCUGUGCCAGUUAACAAUGCGGCCAUUCAAAUGCUGCACAAGCUCUGCGCCCAAAAAGAACUGCUAAAAUUGAACAUGGUAGAUGCAACUACAUCGACCGUGGACCUGCUGUUCAGCUCCGGCGAUUCGCGCUCCUUGACGACCCAAAUGUUGCCUCUUAUAUUUACACCGGUACAGGAAAAAGCAGAAGUUGCACCACCGAAGGCUGCUUCUACUCCGAGUCAAUUGCCUGUUGUAACUCACAAACAGCAGAAGGUGUCUCCACAGUCUCUACUUCUGCUGGAUCUGCCUCCACUGCCGCCCUCUCCACCGGAGUCGCCUUUUCCUGCCGACGUGACAAGUACAAAGUCAGCUUCCCACGUUCUGCCCAUUAAACGCUUCCUUUUCGACGCUUUGCCCAAGAAUCUAGCUCCUUUAGGCGACAAGGUCAACCUAAUCCUUAUGAACGCUGACGGAUUGCCGCAAACUGGCUACAUCACCGCCGCCUACUUCAAGGACGAAAAGGCGGCCAAGGAAUUUGAAAAAAUCCUUAGCUUGACAUCAAGUCAGGGAGCAUGUGACCACAAUGUUGUUCCGGGUUACGUACCAAACGUUGGUGAACUGUGCCUGGCGAUCUACAGCGAAGAUAAGAACUGGUAUCGCGGAGUCUGCCAGGAGGUUAAGGACAAUAUGGUCAAAAUUCUAUUCUGCGAUUUUGGAAAUACGGAAUAUGUGGCCGUGAGACACGUGAAACCGAUUUCACAGGAUUUGCUAAUUGCCGUCAAUGUCACAAAGUGCUAUAUAAAUGGCUUCGACAAAUCAAAGAAUUUUGCGGCUCUGGAGCAGUUUCUUGUGCGUAAGAUUCGAUUCUUAUGCGGAGUUAAGAAAGGCCCUGAACCCGAUACUCGUCUCAUUACAAUUCCGGAUAUGGAGACUAUUCUAAACACACCAGUUGCAUAAUUUAACUUAAGAACUCGCAUUCCUUCAUAUGACUUUAGCAUUAAGUGUACACCAAAAGUGUAUGUUCAAACAUUAUUUCGAUAUUCGAUAUAAGUUUCGACCACAGUGUAUUUUCGAACAUGAUUUUGACAAUUAUUCGCUUACAUUUAUUCCAGCACAGAGUGAUUCGACUAAGAGACUUGACACCAUAUAAAGAUGUUGAUCGUUCAUACAG